ACCGGGAUAUCAUAAAAGGUAGAGAAUAAAAACGCGCAUCUCCGUAAGUUUGUCAUAAUGACCAUUCAGCCAAAACCAUCUACAUCACCGUGCAAAUGCAGCAAUCACACUCUUCAUCCCCACAGUCACAUCCAAAGCACGGUUUCGAGACGGUCUUGAUGGGUUUCUUGAUGGACGACCCGGAGGCAGAGGACGGAAGGGUCCAGUUGAUGGGUGAGGAGAAGGAUGAGGCGGCCAUUUUGCAGUGGAUGGGAUAGACUUGCUAUGACGUCGCCAGUAAAGUCAGUAAAUACGAGCGCAGCUGUUGAUGAUUCUGGAAGUAAAUUUCACAAUGUGAAGAGGAUUCAGAUUCGCUUACUGUUGUUAUGUGACGGUUUAGCUGAAGAGAGGAAGGAGUGAGAUCAGUAUCGUAACAAAGCCUGAGAGUCCGUCUGGGAGUUGAGGAAGUCAGGAAUAAAUACUUCUGACAGGCAGCUAAAUUUCGGUACUAAAUAAAGAUUCAAUCAGAUGAACUUUACUCCGUACUACAAGGAGUAAUUAACACUGUCUAUCAACCCAAUGAUUCCCAAGCAACAGGCCCGACCAACGAUUUCGUCGCUACCUUACCGACCGUUGAGAUAACCGACCUCCAUGCGUAGACCAGGUCGAACCCAUCGAAGUAGCUUUGCUCAUGGUCCAGCACCCGAUCGUGUCACUUGUUGAUGCCCUUCU